GAGAGAGGGAGAGCACUGAUGAGGUAGAGAGGUGCGAGCAGGAUAAGGAAGAUGCAAACCCUGCUUCAGCCCUGUAAGUCAUUCUCGUUUCUCAACUCUUCAAGUCAAUACGUUGCUUUUAAUGGUGCCCCAAGUUGCCAAUGUUCUGUUAAAACAACUCACUCUUGUCACUCUUUUACCACUACUCUGACACCAAAAGCUUUGUCUUUUUCGAGUAAAUUUGCGUUUUUGAGAAGUACCCGCGUUAUUUUUUGCUCUCAAAAUGAUAGCUUUGAUGAAUUUUCAAGUACCCAGUUGCCUGAAAGACUUGAAAGUGAUAGUAGAAUUCGAGAGAAUGAGGAGCUCGAACUGCUUAAUAAGCCUAAUCCAGUACCUUUGAAUGUUGAUAAAGAGUCUGACAAACCUGAUAAAGAUGAGGCUUUGGAGCCUUUUUUGAAAUUCUUUAGACCUAGAGAAUCAUUAGAAGUAGAGGAGGGAGGAGGUAAAUUAGGAGUUUCUAAGGAGAAAAAUGAUGAGGUGGAGAAGAUUGGUGUUGAAUACUAUGAGCCAAAACCUGGUGACUUAGUGGUAGGUGUUGUUGUUUCUGGUAAUGAGAAUAAGCUUGAUGUGAAUGUUGGGGCUGACAUGUUGGGUACAAUGUUGACAAAAGAGGUGCUGCCUUUGUAUGAUAAAGAGAUGGAAUAUUUGACGUGUGAUUUGAAAAAUAAAGCUGAGGAGUUUAUGGUUUAUGGGAAGAUGGGAAUUUUUAAGGAUGAUGAUGCAAUGAGUGGGGGGCCAGUGCCUGGAAGGCCAGUGGUUGAGACUGGAACUGUGCUGUUCGCUGAGGUUCUUGGAAGGACACUUAGCGGUCGGCCUUUGCUCUCAACUAGACGGCUCUUCAGGAGGAUUGCUUGGCAUCGAGUGAGGCAGAUAAAACAACUCAAUGAACCUAUAGAGGUUAAAUUUACAGAGUGGAAUACAGGUGGUCUGCUGACAAGAAUUGAGGGUUUGCGAGCUUUCCUUCCAAAAGCUGAGUUGAUGAAGAGGGUAAACAACUUCUCUGAGUUGAAAGAAUAUGUUGGUUGCAGAAUGUAUGUGAAAGUUACCCGUAUAGAUGAGGCUAACAAUGACUUAAGACUGAGCGAGAGGGAAGCUUGGGAAAUGCUGAACCUUCGAGAUGGAACACUCUUGGAAGGAAUUGUUGUGAAAAUUUUACCAUAUGGAGCCCAAGUAAGAAUAGGGGAUUCCAAUAGAAGUGGGUUGCUCCAUAUCUCAAAUAUGAGUAAAACCCGAAUUACUUCUGUUGCUGAAUUGCUUAAAGAAGGGGAGAAAAUCAAGGUUCUUGUUGUGAAGUCACUCUUUCCUGACAAAAUAUCUCUCAGUACUGCUGAACUUGAAAGUGAGCCUGGCCUAUUUAUAUCUAGCAAAGAGCGAGUAUUUUCUGAGGCUGAAGAGAUGGCAAAGAAGUACAGGCAAAAUCUACCUGCGGUUUCUGUAGCUCAUAACAUAGAACCUCCUCCAAGUGAUGUUUUACCUUUUGAGAAUGAAGAAACUCUGUAUGCAAAUUGGAAGUGGUUCAAAUUUGAAAGAGAAUGAAUCAAGUUGACUUUUAAGGUUGCACUGCCAGAUUACGAACUUGUAAAAAAGGGAGAUGUUGAGUCUUACUGCCCAACCCUUUGGCCUUUGUGAAAUCUACAUGAUGUUCUACUUUGCAUGAAAGAAAGGUGAACAUCUUUGGCCAUUCUGUUGGAAAUAGAGAAAUCUUUUCUGGCCUGCAUUCUACUUCAGAUCACCAAUGUAUAAUCCGCUUUAAAGGAAAUUGAAAUAGAAGUGUACACAAUGAUCAUUGCAUCAAAGUAAUCUCCAUUGUUCAAAUGUUGUACACAAACUUGCAUCUUUUUUUUUUUUUGUUACUGAUGGCAUUGGAGAAAACCUGGAAAGGAAUAAAUUUUUAGUUUUCAGAUCACAUUAAUUAAGAUACCAAAUGUAUUAAUGUGAAAUUUUGA